AUGGACGACGGCGCGACCGCCGCCAUGUCCGCCGUUUCCUCUCCUCUAUCCUCUCCACGCUCUUCAGAACUGUCCUCCCCUCUAUCGGACCCAGGGUCAAGGUCGCCUACACCACCAGUCGAUUAUCCAUCGCCAAGUCCUAGCAAUGAAGCAGAAACGAGCACAUUGUCCGAACCCGUGAAGAGAAAAGCGCCGCGUCGCGAAAGUGACGAGCCCCAGGCAAAGAGACAAAGGUUUGCGAAAUGGAUGGGGGAAGAGAAGACGACGGAAUACCUUAAUUUGCCGGCCCUUAACGAAAGCUGCGACGAGGCAGAUCAUAAGAUACAGGAUGCGAAACUAAAGAAACUAACUGAGGUCUUGCGUUCGAAGCGUAAAAUCGUCGUCAUUGCUGGUGCUGGAAUGUCGGUGUCUGCUGGCAUUCCCGACUUCCGUUCCUCAACAGGACUGUUCACCACAUUGCGUGGCCAGCACAAGCUGAAAUCUUCUGGGAAAGAAUUAUUCGACGCGUCAGUUUACAAAGAUGAUCGCGCGACAAGCUCCUUUCAUGACAUGGUCCGUGAAUUAUCUCACCGCACCAAGCAAGCGAAGCCUACUCCGUUUCACCAUAUGCUUGCAACAUUGGCCGAGGAGGGUCGCCUCCUCCGACUAUACUCUCAGAAUGUCGACGGCAUUGAUACCUCUCUAGAACCACUCAAGACUAACGUUCCUCUUAACACCAAAGGUCCUUGGCCAAAAACAAUUCAGCUUCACGGAGGGUUAGAAAAGAUGGUCUGUACAAAAUGUAAAACAUGUCUCGAUUUUGAUGCAGCAUUGUUUGAAGGUGCCGAACCGCCAGAUUGCCCGGUAUGUACAGAAAGGGACAUGAUAAGAGUAGCUGCAGGUCUUAGGAGUCAUGGGAUUGGUCGAUUAAGACCCAGAAUGGUGCUCUACAACGAAUUCAACCCGGAUGGAGAUGCCAUUGGCAUGGUCAGUGAAGCGGACUUGAAAACCAAACCUGAUGCGGUUAUAGUUGUCGGUACAACUCUCAAAAUUCCAGGAACACGUCGCCUAGCCCGGGAGAUGUGUCAGCUGGCUCGUGAUCGAAGAGGCGGCUUCACAGCUUGGAUCAAUCUCGAUCAACCUCCAUCCGGGGCUGACCUCAAAGACUGUUGGGACAUGGUCGUCACCGCAGAAUGUGAUGACAUCGCUCGCUACGUCGGUUUGCCUCAUUGGAACGACAAGGACUGUGGAGAAUACAAAACGAUUCAAGGACCAAAAGAGGAGGCAAAGGGACUUAUUGGUGUUGUUGUUGACACUAAGCCUGUCGAUGUGGUCAACAACCAAGGUAUUCUGACCCCUACUGAUAGUCCACGGCAUCAAAGCCCUUUACCGCUAUCAAAUAUGGCGAAGAUGAAACAGCCAAAGCUUUUCUUUGGGCUAGAGAAAAAAGCAGAGUUGACCAAGGCUGGCAAGCCAAAAAAGAAGCUUGGCAGGAAGGCGGCACCGAAAAAUGGAGCAAAGGAUGGAAGAAAGCCAUUGCCAAACUCGAAGCCCAAGAAUGUCAUCACAAACACAUUUACUGCAACAAAGUCGAAGGUCGCAGUCAACAAGCCGGCAAAACCGAGUCCUCCAGAUUCAAAGAUACCUAUGGCUGGAGCUGGAAUACCAAUGGGUCCAGUCUCACCUUUCGAUGCUCGUACGAACAACGACAUAGCUGCGAAAGCUACUUCACCUGUCGUCGAAAUCCCAACUUACAGAAGUACGCCGCCACCCCCAACCUACGAUCGUCAGGAAACCAUAUCUCCAAAAGGCGCAUUACCUCGCGGAAUGGCCGAUCUUCUUUCCUAG